UUACGAACGUCUUGGGUCCCUCACAUGACUUAACAGCAGAUAGAGAAGGCACAUAAAUGAAAUCCCUGCACAGAUCUAUUGUUUAUAAUAAUACAUGCUUUUAAACAGAACUGCGAAACUUUUUCUUCCAUAAAAGCUAAAUGAGGUGAACGUCAAGUGAAUUCAUUUCCAUGAAGUGGCGUGCACCUCCAAAGCUAACUGAAUCAUGGAGUCAGCAAUGACACAAAGCCAGUUGGAUGAGGUGGAAAAAUUACUGAACAGUAUAAUCUGUAUGUUUAAUAAGUAUUCCCAGUAUGAGGCAUUACUCACAUCAGAUGAGGAACCCCUACCUGAGGAGGCUAUGAACAUUACUUAUGACACAUUUCAACCUUUCAGUCCUGUCACAGAGGCAGAUGUUUGGAGGUCCAAUGGAUUCUGCUUGGCCAACACCGAAACCAUACUUUAUGAUGCAUCUUUAUUGAAGGAAAGUGAGAAAUCCAAGUGUGCUGACACAGACGUGAUGAAGGAUGUGCAAGGGAGCAAAUUUGAUGUUCAAUAAAUAUUAAAUAUGGGCUGUUUAAGACUAUAGACCAAAUUAAUAACAUUUCAUAAAAUACUAACUUCUGCUUAGCUUCUCUCCAGGCAUUGUUAGACGAUAGAUUGUGUAGACGUAAAAAGGGUGCCACCUCCUGGUUGUUUUUUGUCUGCCACUUUUUUUUUUUAUGAAUUCAAUCUUUUUCUCUCAUUACAGUGCUUUUAAAACCUUAACACAUUUUUUUGUAAUUAUAAAAGGCAGAGGACUAAAUAUUAUUAUAAAAUUAUAAUGGUAUUACUACAGACUAUAAUCAUAUUUUCUGUGUUUUGUUUUUUUUUAAACAAAAAAACAGGAUAGAAUUGCAGACAGACACACAGACAGACAGACAGACAGACAGACAGACAGACAGAUAGAUCACUUUAUUUACCCCAGAGGAAAAUUCACAUAUUAAAGCAGAAGAGAGAGAUAGAAGUAUACUAAAAUUAAUUUACAUGAUCAAUGAAGCAUAACAAAUGAAUAAAUAUAUAAACAUGUAUAAAGAAGAAACAGACACAGUGUGAUUCUGUAAAGUAUUAGUGUUCAGCUAUAGCUCAAAGAGAGAAUCCUAAGACUGGCUUUAAAGCAGUGAUUGCAGUUGGUACUACGGCCUCCUGUCCCGCUCCUUUCUAGAGCUAUAAUACGCAUUUUUUAGUGCUUUUUAUUGUUUUAUAAUUAUUUCAAGUGGAACAGUUGCAAUUUAAGUAACAGUAAACUUUUGUACACUCCAGUGUUAUAAAUGAAUAAAAAUUGAACAGCGCCAGCAUAAAACUCAAA